UCAUAGAAGAUAUCGGAGGGAGGAAUUUUAGCCCGUUGUUUAUCAUCGGGAAAUUACAACUCUUUUUCCUCAAGGUCAAGAGGCCCGUCUCUUUCAUAAUUUCUGGGGGCUGAUCCAAGUUCUAAUCGAAACCCAGUUCUAUAAACUUGAUUCUUAUUCUCAAACCGCCCUUAAAUUCCAAUCGCAGUGGGAUUUGUGAAGGUUGAAAGGUUUAAGAUAUGGGUAAUCUUUUUUGUUGUGUGCAAGUGGACCAAUCCACUGUAGCUAUCAGGGAGAGGUUUGGCAAAUUUGAGGAAGUUCUUGAGCCAGGAUGCCAUUGCUUGCCUUGGUUUCUUGGAGCCCAGAUUGCUGGCAAUCUGUCUCUCCGGUUGCAACAAUUGGAUGUGCGAUGUGAGACCAAGACCAAGGAUAAUGUGUUCGUCAAUGUGGUUGCCUCUAUUCAAUAUCGAGCAUUGGCAGAUAAAGCAAGUGAUGCAUUCUACAAACUUAGCAAUACAAGGUCCCAGAUCCAGGCUUAUGUUUUUGAUGUGAUCAGAGCAAGUGUCCCAAAGCUCAACUUGGAUGAUGCUUUUGAGCAGAAAAAUGAUAUUGCCAAAGCAGUAGAAGAUGAACUUGAGAAGGCUAUGUCGGCUUAUGGCUUUGAGAUUGUUCAAACUCUCAUUGUUGAUAUAGAACCAGACGAGCAUGUUAAGAGAGCAAUGAAUGAAAUUAAUGCUGCUGCUAGAUUAAGGGUGGCAGCAAAUGAGAAGGCAGAAGCAGAGAAAAUUCUGCAGAUUAAGCGAGCUGAGGGUGAAGCUGAAGCCAAGUAUUUGUCUGGUUUGGGUAUUGCUCGGCAGCGUCAAGCAAUUGUGGAUGGUUUAAGAGACAGUGUUUUGGGAUUCUCUGUUAAUGUUCCUGGGACAACGGCAAAGGACGUUAUGGAUAUGGUGCUUGUGACCCAGUAUUUUGACACCAUGAAAGAAAUUGGAGCUGCCUCUAAAUCAACUUCUGUGUUUAUACCUCAUGGACCUGGUGCUGUUCGAGAUGUCGCAUCGCAAAUUCGCGAUGGACUUCUUCAGGGUGCCUCUUCUUCUCACUAGUCCAACUCUAAGUUACAAUGAUGUUUGUCUAUAAGAUUGUAUUCAGUGUGUUGUGAUUUUCGCUUCUCAAGUGACAUAUAUUGUCAAUGAUUUACAUUUCAGCUAUGGAAAAUUUUCUUACUACUUAAUACCAAUGAAUGCUUCCAUGA